UUUGUUUGCAGUCGCCCCCUAUAUCAUCCUGUCCAGAUGUGAGCUCCCAGUUACAGACAACUCACUUUCAGAGACGACUGUCACUUCUUGGAUCCGUCCAACACAACCGCAGACAUGAACGCAAAAUACGCCGUGGCGCUGAUCCUCGCUCUGCAGGUCUCCGUGUGCCUGUGUCAGCUGCCCGAACCCUCGCCGGAGCUGGUUCAAAAGUACGACUCGAUGAAAUCUGUCUUCUACCAGAGGCUGCUGACGGCUUUCAACAAGCUGCACGCCAGCGCUGUGGCAUCAGCCGAUAGCGGACCGAACGCCAGGGACUUCGUUGAGGAGUUGCGGGCCAAGCCCGAGUUCCAGGCCCUCGUCAAGGUGGCCAGCGGCCUGGGCCAGGAGGCCGCCCCCCUGGUGGACAAGGCCCGUACGGCCGCUCUGGGGACAUACGAGCACUACGUGCGUCCCCACGUCGGCCAGCAGCUGAGCGACAGCAUCGACCGCAUCAAGGUCUACCUGGACAUGUUCCUGCCCACCCAGUAGAGCGGAGCGUUGUAGCGUGAUAGACGAUAGAAAGUACACCAGGUUAGGCUGAGAAGAGCGAUGCACCAUGCACGUGCAAUCCUUUGCCUCUUUUCAAAUCAUAAUUUUUUUGCCAAAUCAUGCAGAGUUAAAAAGUAAAGUGAACACCACCUACGCAAAUUGUGCAUGUACAGUAUUAUGUGUUUGAUACACUAACCAAAGUCUCUGUGUGGUUGUGUAUGAAUAUGUGUGAGUGUGUUCAUUAAAAUGGAUGGAAACGA